UCCAAGUCAAACACUUUUCUACUACAUCUUGCUGUCCAACAAAGAAAAAGGAGAUUUUAAUUCCGUCAUUCUUCUCUGAAGGGUGGGGGCAAAACUCCCUAGCUUGGUAUUUGGUAUUAGAAGUAUUAGAGGCUGUGUGAUUCAUGAAAGUUUGAAAACAGCAUCCCUUCUAUGCAGAGGAUGUACCAGAUGAAAGCAAGCACUACAAAGAACCUCCUCAUUUCUACAUUUUAUAGUCUCAAUAAAACCUGGAACACUAUUACACCUUAGAGGCAGAAACCAGGGCUUUUUUUUUUUCCUUUUAUGUCCUUCCAACGGAUCGGGUUUAAGGUCUGUUAGCCACCAGUAUGGGCCAGAGGAAAAAGUACUCGAUUUGGAAUUUUAAAACCUAACACUAGAUUUCCAAUUCUACUGAAAAUGUGUGGGACUUGGGGCAGCUCACUAGCUUCUAUGGCUCAUUUGGCGUACAUGAUUUCUACAGGCCCUUUCAGCGUGAAAUCCUGAUUCCUGUGAUUUCCGAAAUCAGCCGCUUCAGACUCUUUGCAUUCUUUGGGAGCUGAGAAUCAAGAGGUACCUCCAGAAACUGCCCAAGCCCCAAGCCCAAAUUUUAUAGAGGAAGGAACUGAGUGUAAUUUUCGCCACCGCCCCUUGAAAAAAGGCUUUAUUUUCUCAAAAAUAAUCCCAGUUAGGGGAUGAGUGGGAUUGUCUACACUAGCUGGUCCUCCCAAGGAUGAAAGUAGGCUUGAGAACUACAUAGGAUGCGGGCAGGGGAAAGAAGCAGGGGCUCUGGGUUUGAAUCUCAGCUCUCACAAUGACAAACUAUACAAGUUUGGGAAAGUGACAGAACCUCUCAGUGCUUCAUUUUCCCCAUCUGUAAAAUUAGAGUCUUUAUCUAAUAUAUUUUAACUCAAAAUGUGGCCUGCCCUUGUCCUCUUAAGAAAAAAAAAAAAAAAAAAAAAGCAACUUGUGAGCAUCGCCUCGGAGCAGGAGGGUGCACAAAACAAGAAGAGGAAGCCCAGCGUGCUUGGGGAACAAAGGAUAGGAUAAAGUGGACCCAGGUUCCAUCCUCCAGCUUUCUCAAUAUGAUCCGAAAACUACAAUUCCCAAGAGUGAGAAAAUGACCGACAGAGACUACAUCUCCCAGCAUACAGCACUAUUGAGACGGAAACUCAUCUUCCCAGGAGUCCGUGCGCAGCCAAAGUGGUGCAAGCCGGGAAACAUUCGAUAGAAGCUCAGGGAUCUUCCCUCCUGUUCGUAAGCGUUAGGAAUCUUGCGAAGCGAGCAACUUAGUGAUCGAUAAUACCUGCGAGAUUCCGAUUCCAAAUCAUCCCCAACUAGAACAAAGACAAUUUUUACUUCCGGGUCCCGGAGGAAGGUCGCUUUGUUUUUGUUUCCGGUUUCCGUUUUAGCAGCAGUUGCCGUGGAGACGGCAACGCGGAGCAAUCCUGGGGGCGAUGGCAGGCCUAACCGGGGCGCAGAUCCCGGACGGAGAGUUCACUGCGGCGGUAUACCGCCUUAUCCGGGACGCCCGGUACGCCGAAGCGGUGCAGCUUCUGGGCGGAGAGCUGCAGCGGAGCCCGAGGUGCCGGGCCGGCCUGUCUCUGCUCGGUUAUUGCUACUACCGCCUGCAGGAGUUCGCGCUGGCGGCCGAGUGCUACGAGCAGCUGGGACAGCUGCACCCCGAGCUGGAGCAGUACCGCCUGUACCAGGCUCAGGCCCUCUACAAGGCCUGCCUCUAUCCCGAGGCCACACGAGUGGCCUUCCUGCUCCUUGACAAUCCUGCCUACCACGGCCGCGUUCUCCGCCUCCAGGCCGCCAUCAAAUACAGUGAGGGGGACCUCCCUGGCGCGCAGAGCCUGGUGGAGCAGCUACUGAGUGGGGAAGGAGGCGAUGAGGCCGGGGCGGAAAGUGAACCCGAUGGCCAGGUCAACCUGGGUUGCCUUCUGUACAAGGAGGGCCAAUACGAAGCUGCCUGCGCCAAGUUCGGGGCCGCUCUGCAGGCUUCGGGCUAUCGCCCGGAUCUCUCCUACAACCUCGCCCUGGCCUAUUACAGCAGCCGACACUAUGCCCCGGCCCUGAAGCACAUCGCGGACAUCAUCGAACGAGGCAUCCGCCAGCACCCCGAGCUAGGCGUGGGCAUGACCACGGAGGGCAUCGAUGUGCGGAGUGUUGGCAAUACCCUGGUGCUCCACCAGACCGCCCUAGUGGAGGCCUUCAACCUCAAAGCAGCCAUCGAGUACCAGCUGAGAAACCACGAGGCUGCCCAGGAAGCCCUCACCGACAUGCCCCCCAGAGCCGAGGAGGAGCUGGACCCUGUCACCCUGCACAACCAGGCCCUGAUGAACAUGGAUGCCAAACCCACGGAGGGCUUUGAAAAGCUGCAGUUUUUGCUUCAGCAGAACCCUUUCCCUCCAGAGACUUUUGGGAACCUGCUGCUUCUCUACUGCAAGUAUGAAUAUUUCGACUUGGCUGCAGAUGUCCUGGCAGAAAAUGCUCAUCUGACAUACAAGUUUCUGUCACCUUAUCUCUAUGACUUCUUGGAUGCCAUGAUUACCUGUCAGACAGCCCCUGAAGAAGCCUUCCUUAAGCUUGAUGAGCUAGCAGGGAUGCUGACUGAGCAGCUGAGGAAACUUACCAAGCAAGUACAAGAAGCGAGGCACAAUAGAGAUGACGAGGCUGUUAAGAAGGCAGUGAAUGAGUAUGAUGAAACUUUAGAAAAGUAUAUCCCAGUGUUGAUGGCUCAGGCUAAAAUCUAUUGGAACCUUGAGAAUUAUCCAAUGGUGGAAAAAAUCUUUCGCAAGUCCGUGGAGUUUUGUAAUGACCAUGAUGUAUGGAAACUGAAUGUUGCUCAUGUUCUGUUCAUGCAAGAAAAUAAAUACAAAGAAGCAAUUGGUUUUUAUGAGCCCAUAGUCAAGAAGCACUAUGAUAAUAUAUUGAACGUGAGUGCCAUUGUGUUGGCCAAUUUGUGUGUCUCAUAUAUUAUGACAAGUCAAAAUGAAGAGGCAGAGGAAUUGAUGAGAAAAAUUGAAAAGGAGGAAGAGCAGUUGUCCUAUGAUGAUCCAGAUAAGAAAAUCUACCACCUCUGCAUAGUAAACUUAGUGAUAGGAACUCUAUAUUGUGCCAAAGGAAAUUAUGAUUUUGGUAUAUCUCGAGUUAUCAAAAGCUUGGAACCCUACAAUAAAAAACUUGGGACUGAUACCUGGUAUUAUGCCAAAAGAUGCUUCCUGUCUCUUCUGGAAAACAUGUCCAAACACAUGAUCAUGCUUCGUGAUAGUGUUAUUCAAGAGUGUGUACAGUUUCUAGAACACUGUGAACUUUAUGGUAGAAACAUACCAGCAGUCAUUGAACAACCCCUUGAGGAAGAAAGAAUGCACAUCGGGAAGAAUACAGUUACAUAUGAAUCCAGGCAGUUGAGAGCAUUGAUCUACGAGAUUAUAGGUUGGAAUGUGUAAUUGCUUCUUUGGAAUAUUGCUUCUUCCUAUAUGUCUAGUACUCAAAUGAGUAUAGCUUUUUAUCUUGUAUUUGUCAUAUUUGUAUUUUAUAUACUUUUUAAAAUGCAAUAAAAAUGAUUGGGGGGGAAACAUUUUGAAAAGUCACGCUAAGGAAAAGGGAAAAUCAAGCAGCCUAAGAACUUAAAGAAAAAGAUUAUGAAUUGAUAUAUAUAGCAUGUUAUUUUUAAUAUCAGUCACAGUGCCCACUCUUUUGUUAACAAUGGAAUUUUAUCCCUUUGACAUUCUGUCAAAGGCCCCAUUCAACAAACAGGUCAAGCAAGUCUAGACCAAUAUAGACAAGGUACACUCAGAGCUUCCUAGAGUAUAAUACCCAGUGUGGGGUAUAAUGAAGCACACUUUUAAAUAUUAAUUUUUCUAAAUGUAUUUUAUGUGAGAAUAUUUCAUUUUAUGUGACAGGUACUAAUGUUGAGAUAAAUCAAGUUAUAUAUGUUAUGGGUACAAAGUUCCUAAUGAGCAGUAGCAUAUAUAGUACAAUUUUCAAACUGUGUAUAGAGUACACAAAUAUAAUAUCUGUAAUCUGAUCCAUAUUGAUUAUAAUAUGCCAUAAUUAGGUACUUACAGGAUUAUAUGAACCAUUUAUGUAACAAAUUCUUAUAAUUCUAUUAUAAUCCAUAUCUACUGCAUAGAUUUUAGAAUGUCUUGAUAAGGUGUCGCACAACAAAGGUGCCAAUUUACAAGGUCCUUGAAGGUUUACUCUCUACAUAGUGUAUAAGAGUCAGUAAGAAAUUCUUCAUUGCGUUAUCACAAAAUGACAGUCAUAGUAUAGUAAAUUUAAAUGCCAGUUGGGAAGAAAAGUAAUAAUAUUCCUUGAUUUAUCUCUGCUUCUAUUAACAAGAAUUGGAAAAUGUAGUAAAAUAAAGUUUUGUUGUCAACAAUUUUCAUAAAAUAUGUAUAUAGUUGUAUUUGUUUUUUAACAGUGGUGAAUGAAAGGCUUGGAAUUCCAAGAGUUCAUGAUCCCUAAUCUUAUGCCUAAAAUUUAAGACAUAUUAAUGUUAGGAUGUAUUCAUCCCCAUGGAAGUACCUUUGUAUAUUAUACUUUAACUUCAAAAAUUCUAUUUUUUAAAAUCUUGGCUGUAUGUAUCUUCACUAAAGCAGAUUACAACCAAUGCCUAGGCCAGAAUAAUUUAUCUAGUAACCUUUCCAAAUUUAAGUAGAUUGGUCAAUGAAAGGAAAAUAAACAGUCCAUCCCCAGCCUACCUUCGAACCCUUGUUCGAAGAAUUUGAACUCUACUAGAUAGCCUUUGAAAAGCUGAGAGUUACCUCCAUGCGAUGAUGAGACAAUGAUAUUGGAAAAUGUGCCUUUUACCAUUACUGUCUCUUCCACUAACCACUCUCAUUUACAAUACUGAUGAAAGACUACAUGCUAUAAACUGGAGGAAAAGAGGAUCUCUCCAACCACUAGAUCUACCAGUACAUCACACAAAAAACUUAGUUGAUCUUCAAGGCAGUUUUUGCCUUGAAGCAAUCAUCAAACACACCCAAGCCAGUUUGUUGGAAUUCUGAGUGUGGAGAGGAUUGCAGCUGGCUGCUAGAAUGCUUUUCCUUUUCUAGUCAGGGACUUUAAUCACCAACUUUUCCUGAAUUUUACUAUUAGUGUCCAUCCUUUCCCAAAACACUGUUGUAAUGGUUAUGGUUAUAUUGUCUGUGCCUUAUACAUUGGUAGCCACCCCAC